AUGUCUAAACCUUCAAUCAUCCGACUAAUUGUUUCCUUAAGUACAAUCAAUAUGUCUAUUCUCUCUUUAAGCCCACUUUCCUUUCUCUUUCUCAUAAUUAUCCUUUUCACAUCUAAAGCCAAAGCAGACAACAACGACCAAAAAUUCCACUACUUUUGCGACCAAAAUAACGAUAGAGGUAACUACAUAACCGGUAGUGCCUACGACAACAACCUCAAAUUCGCUAUCAUGCACCUCACUUACAACUCAAAAAUUGACUACGGUUUCUACAACACCAACUAUGGCCAAAACAAUGACACAGUAAACGCCAUUGGAAUAUGUAGAGGAGACAUUAAUCCUCAAGAUUGUCGCAAAUGCCUAAUUGGUUCCAAAUUCAAUCUAACACAAGCAUGUCCAAACAAAAAAGAAGCAAUUGGAUGGUACGAGGAUGAGAAAUGUAUGUUACGUUAUUCAGACCGUUCAAUAAUGGGUCUAAACGAAAUUGGACCUGCUUAUUUUGCAUGGAACUUGAACAAUGCAACAAUGGCAGAUCAAUUUAAUAUCUUGGUAAAACAAUUGUUGAAUGAUUUAAGAAGCAAGGCUAUAAAUGGUGACUCACAUCGUAAGUAUGUUGUGGGAAAAAUGCCGGGUCCUAGUAGUGAUCAAACAAUAUAUGGUCUUGUUCAGUGUACUCCUGACUUGUCUGGUCCACAGUGUGAUGAUUGUUUGCUUCAAUCCAUUGCUGAAGUUUCAAGAUGUUGUAGCAAUAGGAUUGGUGCUAGAAUUAUUAGACCAAGCUGUAAUUUGAGGUUUGAAACUUCAUACCAAUUCUAUCAACCUAAAGCAAAACUGGCUUCGCAUCUCCCAUGAUCAUCAACACUUUUCUCGAAGGUGUAAUUGUAAGUUCUAUUUUUUUUUAUGCAGAUAAAAUAAACACAUCGAGAAUUAUUGUUGAUACAGUCGUGUUGUUGCUGCUGAUUUUGUCGUUGCGUCUUUUAACAAUUAUAUUUGUGUUUGUUUUAGCGUAUUUGUAAUAAGUACAACUGUGUCAUUAAGAGUGUUGUUGUAUAUGGUGCAACAAGUUUAUACUUGAGUGGGUAAUAAUUUGAUGAGGCAAUUUCUCACUUAUAUAGUCAACUACAGAUCAAGUAAAUUAGCCACGGUUCAUCCUUGGUUGGGUAACUAUCGUUGUUUCAUCGGAUAUUGGUUGUCACGCACAACAACUUUUUGACGCGCAUGCUUUUAGGAAGGAAAUUCACUCUUGUUUUCAGGUGGUGUGGCUGACAUGUCUUUAGGUCAUUGGAAGGAGAGGAACUCGAGAAUUUUCAACGACAACAUGUCUUCUAAGGAUCAACUUCUCGCUAGUAUUAAGUUUCAUUCUUGAUGGUGGCUAAAGAUGCAUAAACUGGGUUUCGCUUUUGAUUAUUAUUAUUGGUGGUCUAUGGCGUCUCUUUGUAAAGAUUACAUCAUUUUGUAAUUGUGGUUUCUGUCUUUAGCGUGUUUGUUGCUUUGACGUUGUACACAGUUAUCCGUUAGGCGCAUCUUGUGCUUAACUCGUUUGGUUUUUAAUAUAUUUUGCAUUUAGCUUCUUAAAAAAAAAAA